GCACCAGACACACCAGCAAAAUGAGGAGCUGUCUUCUCACCAUCAGUUUAAUAACAGCCUGUUUGGACAACAGUCAAGGGGCAUGCAGCUCAUAUGGCUGUUUUAUCUGUAAAGAGACAGACAAGACCUGUAAGACCUGUACCUAUGUUCCUUCUGAGUGCACCUUCAGUGAGGUACAGGACCAGAGGGUCUGCCUGUGCGGCAAUGUAUCACUGAGUGACUGCUACAGGACGUCACCGCAAAAAACCCAACAAGGGGGCCAAUGGAAGACGACAGUGGCGAUAGUAGUUCCUAUCUGUGGAGUUGCUGUGCUACUGGGGCUUGCUGUAUUUUUCCUCAAGAAAAGGCACAACCUCAGGAACAGCACAACACCAGAGAAUACGGAGGUCCAUCAAUAUGAUAACCCAAGAGAGCUCCCCCUAAGGCCCAACUCAGGAACUGCAAUCAACACCAUUUAUGUCACAAGUACAACAUUACCCACUGGAGACUCUGCUGGGCCUAGUAGUAUUAGCCCUACUUAUGCCACUCUUACAAGUACUACUACUGCUACUGGCACAAGUACUACUCCUCCUCCUACUACUACUAGUACUAUUGAUACAGGUACUACAACUGUGUACUUCACUGUGAACCAUUCCACCUCAGGAAAUGCAGAGACUGAAAACACCAACGUCAGCAAAACCACAAUAUCUGAUGGAAACUCUGCAGGUGUCAUUUACUCAGGGGUAAAAAACCCAGACGAGGACACUGAGCGGUAGGGACUAACGCAUUUUGAGUUUCUUGUUGAAGUAGGUUGUGUUCAUUGCGUCAUACUUUUACACAUUUUUUAAAUCCAUGUUAUAAUGUUGUUUCCUCAUCAAAAACAAGCCUGAAGUUUUGUUGUUUCAUUCACACAUGUUUAAGACACAAACCCUGCAUAUUUAGGCUCAGUUCUUCUCUCAAAUAUCUCAAAACACUCUUUUCCACUUUGUGAUGUCAUGCGGAAAUAGAGGAAGUACCCCACUGUGUUGUUAAACUCCACACACAUUCAC